AGUGAAAACCGCGGUAAAAGUGACUGGAGAGUUGGCGGCAGGUGGAUCAAAUUGUUUUAUUUAGAGAAACUUGAUUUUUCUUCUCGUUCUACUGUAGGGUUCUAGAAGAUUUUGUUGUACUGUAGCAUUGUGAUAUCUUGUGCGUAGUGCACUGUUACAAUAAUGCAGAAGGGUGUUCGAUUGAAACGCGAAUUGGAAGUUCUUGCCCUUCGGCCCCCUCCAGGAAUAUCAUGCUCCCCGAAAGAGGAAGAUAUUAUCGAUGUUCUUGAUGCAAAGAUGAUAGGAUUGAAAGGGUCACCAUAUGAAGGAGGUGUUUUUAAAUUAGAAAUAAAAAUACCUGACAAAUAUCCGUUUGAGCCUCCACAUGUACAAUUUAAAACUCCAGUCUAUCACCCAAAUGUGGAUGUGUCAGGUCGAAUAUGUUUAGACCUCUUAAAAUUACCCUCCAAAGGUUCCUGGCGACCAACAAUAAGCUUGGCUGGCUUGCUAGUAUCUGUGCAGUUAUUACUUGCUACUCCAAAUCCUGAUGAUCCAUUAAUGGCUGACAUAGCAGAAGAGUAUCGUUACAAUAAACCAGAAUAUGAAAGAAAAGCUAAAGAAUGGACUAAGAAGUAUGCUGCUCCAGAAAAUAGUAAUGAAUCUAAGACCUUAGAGGCCUCAGUUAGUAAUGAAGACUCAGAUACUACAAAAAAACGAAAAUCAGAUGCAAGUGAGGAAGAUGCGAAUGAUCCAAAACAUAAGAGAAUGUAAAACAAAGUCAAUUAUUUAAAUUCUAAGACAGAAUUCUAUGAAAAUAAUGAUUCUGAGUUUUAUAACUGUAAUUUAAUAUUUUUGUAAUUCUUAAAAAAAAGAUAUAAUUUGUAUCAUAAACAGUGUGUGGUGAAAUCUGUUCCAUUAGGAUGGCAAAGACAGUGAUAGAGGCCAAAAUAUUUUGAAGACGAUUGUGAUAUGAAUACUUUGUUUAAUAUAGUUUAAUGCUUCUUCUACUAUUUGUAAAUAUUAAGAUAUAAAAACAAAGCAUAAUAUAAAAUAAUGUCUGAAAAACAUUGUCCUUAGACCAUGAUUGCUCAUUAUUCUAUGUCAUUUAUUGCAAUUCUAUUCCUUGCGAAGUAAGUAAAUGGAAGGAUCAUUUUUUACGCAGUUUUCAACACUUAUUAAUAUCUUAAUGAAUCUGUGUAAAUAAUUCAAGAUGUAUUGAUUCAUUCCAAGAGGCAAUUUUGCUUAAAAAGGGAUAAGUUAUUUUGUAUGGAAAUUGAACAUUCUUAUUUUGUACUAUCUGUUAAUGGGUUUCUAUUAGAAUAAACCAACUUGUUGUAAUGAAGAAUGUGAGCUCUUGAAGUGUAAUUGGUGUCUUUAAUGAAAGCUGUUGUAUGAUUUUUUGUUUUAGUGGUUUAUGUUUUUCGAUUUCAAAUUAAUAAUCAACAAUUACAUAAUAUUAAUUCACUCGCAAGCUAUAAAAACACACACGAAUUGAAAAGUGAAGAAAAACAAUU